AGCGGCGAUCUGUGUUCUGCUCCUGAUAUUCUAAAUGGGCGCAGCAUUCGGUUCUAGGACUUCGGGCAUCAUGGCAGAAGCUGCAGCUGCGUUCGUGAAUCAGAAGAUCACUGCCUCGCCUCUCGUGGUCUUCUCGAAGACCACCUGUCCAUACUGUGAUAAGGCCAAAAGGAUCCUCGAGAAAUAUAAGGCACAGUAUGACCUCAUCGAAUUGAAUCAACGAGAAGAUGGGCAAGCGAUUCAGGACGUGCUGAAGGGCAUCACAGGAGCGCGAUCUGUGCCCAGAGUCUUCAUCGGUGGAAAGUGCAUCGGUGGCGGAGACGAUACGGCGCGUCUAGACUCUGAGGGCAAGCUAGAAUCACUCCUCAAAGAAGCCGGCGUGAAAAUGGUAUCUAUGUUGUGAGCCGGAACAGGAAUUCAAAUUACAGAGCCGUGAAUAAAUUUUGAGCUCGACAA